GUUCCGAGCCUGUGUCUAUCCUGACUCCGAUUUUCAGGGAGGACUCCAAUCCGUGUUUUGUAUCUUUCCUUUCCAACCCCAGCUGACUGGCCGCUCUUGUUUACUGGCAAAAAGAUACAGAGUGAGACUGAGUGAGGUACAGCGGACAAGGGGGGGAAAACAUACAAGUUUUAAUCUUUUUGCAAAUCCUCAAGGCUUGUUUAUCUUGCUGUUCCGCGUCUCGCAGUAUUUUCUCAUAAAAACAACCAUUGAGAGGAGACCGCCUGGAUUCGGAUAUAUAUCCAAACAAAAAGGAGAAAUAUCAUUUCUGUUUGUAUUUUUUUUUUUUCUCACACUUUCAACCACUGUGGUGGGAGCAACUACUGCAAUGGUUUUAUUUGUUUUGUGAAAAAGGAUUGCAAAUUUCCAUUGUUUUCUGGUGUUUUUUUUUUUUUUUUAAAACAAUCUAUUUGGGAAAAUAGCCAAGGAGUUGAAAAGGAAACAUUAAAAAAAGGAAGGACUUUUUUUUUAAUGAAAAGGGAAAAGCAAUCUAAGAUUUUUUUUUUUUUUAAACGAAUGAUUUCCUGACGAUUGAUGGGAUGGGUUGUGUUUUUAAGGGACGUUUUAGCACAAUGAUUUCCCCUUGAUAAGGAAAUUGAGAAAAAAAAUCAAGUGUCGUGGGAAAAUAACUGUGUUACUAUAAAAGAACAGUAGCUAGUGGAUACAGUUUUAUGAGGCUUUACGAGCACAAGAAGUACAGCAGAAUGUUACAAAGAUUUGAAAUCAGAAAACACACACAGCAACUAAUGAAAAUUUUAUGAAAAAGUUGAACUAUUCCGUGUGGAAUAGGAGACUAAAACAUUUUUAAAUAGUUUUUUUUUUCUUGUUUGUGACUAAUUUGCCCGCAGCAGAAGCUUCUGAGGCUUGGUUAACACAACUAGAAUAUAUUCUGGAGAAAAUACAGGGAUUUGCCACCCCUUUCGGACCUCCUGACUAAGAACAGUUGGUAGUGUGGGAUUCGUUUUUUUUUUUCUCGAGUCUAGGAGGAUUUUCUCAAACAAACUUCAAGAGAGAAAUCUGAAGAAAAAUCCACAAUCACUUUGCAAUUUUAAAAAUGAAACACUGGUUUUGCCUUAUCGUCCUCAAAAACCAAGAUGACUUAAAAUAGUGUGAAUUUAAUCUGAAAAAAUAAAUAAAUAAAUAAAAUAUAUAUUUAUAGGCUAUAUAUUGUUUUUAUUAAACAAGUUGUGCCUUUCCCCAACCCACCCCUUUUUGGUGGGGUGAUUUCUGAUUUAUUUUUGUUUUAAAAUACAGCAUAUUCGCAAGAAUAUUAGUUUGUUUUUUAAAACACCUUUUUGGAGUUAUUAAUUUUCCACGUUUUUGGAUUAAAGAAACCUAUUGGGGCCAGGAUGCGGCUGAAGAUUUCAGCGCUUGUUUUGGUCACUUUAUUCUACGUUUUAAGCAACUCCGGUCAAACAGAUGGGGAAAUUUGCCGGAGUAUGGACAUCCGGAACAACAUCACCCAUCUGCACAUGAUCGAGAACUGCACCGUGAUUGAAGGUCACCUGCAAAUCCUGCUCAUGUUUAAGACGAAACCCUCGGAUUUCAGUGGCCUGCGGUUCCCCAAGCUCGUGAUGAUCACGGACUACCUGCUGCUGUUUCGCGUCUACGGGCUGGAGAGUCUCCGGGACCUCUUUCCCAACCUGACGGUCAUCCGGGGCACCCACCUCUUCUUCAACUACGCCUUGGUCCUCUUCGAGAUGCUGCAGCUCAAAGAGAUCGGGCUGCACAGCCUCAUGAACGUGACGCGGGGGGCCGUGCGCAUCGAGAAGAACCCCGAGCUCUGCUACCUGUCCACCCUCGACUGGUCCAAGAUCCUCGACUCGGUGGAGGACAACUACAUCGUCUCCAACAAGGACGAUCGCGAGUGCGGAGACGUCUGUCCCGGCACCAUCAAAGGCAAGGGCUGCAUCCAGACCGCCUUCAACGUCCACUUCGGAGAGCGCUGCUGGACCCAGGAUCACUGCCAGCGAGUUUGCCCGACGACGUGUAAGUACAGAGCCUGCACGAAGAACCUCCUCUGCUGCCAUGAGGAGUGUCUGGGCAGCUGCUCGGAGCCCGACGACCCCCGCAAGUGCGUGGCGUGCCGGAACUUCCUCCACCAGGGCAGGUGUGUCGCCGCCUGCCCCAAGGGCUUCUACCGCUUCGAGAGCUGGCGCUGCAUCCCCUUCGAGUUCUGCCAGGAGCUGCACAACAAGUGCAAGAACCCGCAGGAGGGCUGCGACCAGUACGUCAUUCACAACGGGGAGUGCAUCCCUGAGUGUCCAUCGGGAUACACCAUGAACACCACCACCUUGACCUGUACCCCGUGCGAUGGGCUGUGUCCGAAGAUCUGUCAGUUUGGAGAUAAACCCAAAGUCAUCGACUCGGUCACAGCCGCACAGGAGCUCCGCGGGUGCACUGUGAUCAAUGGGAGCCUGGUCAUUAACAUGCGCGGAGGGAAUAACAUUGCCGCCGAGCUAGAAGCUAACCUGGGGCUGAUCGAGGAGAUCACUGGCUUCCUGAAGAUCCGCCGCUCCUACGCGCUCGUCUCCUUGUCUUUCUUCCGCAAACUCAAGCUGAUCCGGGGGGAGAUGCAGGAGGCUGGGAAUUUCUCCUUCUAUGCAUUGGACAAUCAGAACUUGCGUCAGUUGUGGGACUGGUCGAAACACAACCUCACCAUCAGCCAGGGCAAGCUGUUCUUCCAGUUCAACUCCAAACUGUGCCUGUCGGAGAUCUACAAGAUGGAGGAGGUGACAGGGACCAAGGGGCGGCAGGAAGGCAACGACAUCGCUGUGAAAAACAACGGAGACCAAGCCUCAUGUGAAGACAAGGUUCUGAAUAUCACUUUGAUUAAAACGAGGUCUGAUAUGAUCAUCGUCAAAUGGGAGCCGUUCUGGCCCCAGGAUUACCGGGAUCUGCUUGGGUUCAUGGUCUUCUACAAAGAGGCACCUUAUCGCAACUUGACAGAGUUCGACGGGCAGGACGCCUGCGGCUCCAACAGUUGGGCGAUAGAGGACGUCGAUACCCCCUCUCGUACAGCAGACCCCAAAUCCUUACCAGGGAAGCUCCUCAUUGGGCUGAAGCCUUGGACUCAGUAUGCCAUUUUCGUCAAGACCCUCAUCUCCUCUACUGAGGAGCGCCAGGUGUACGGAGCAAAAAGCGCAAUCAUCUACGUGCGAACCAACGCCAGCGCACCGUCGGUCCCGCUGGAUCCCAUUUCCUCCUCAAACUCCUCGACCCAGAUUAUCCUGAAGUGGAAGCCGCCCUCGGAAUCGAACGGGAAUAUCACCCACUACCUGGUCUACUGGCAGCAGCAGCCAGAGGACAGCGAGCUGUACAGGUUCGAUUACUGUCAGAAAGGGCUGAAGGUGCCGUCCCGUGCACCUACUAAGACAGACAGCGAGGAGACGCACAAGCGCAAUCAGACGGAGGACUUUGAUCAAUCAGGAGGGUGCUGCACCUGCCCCAAGACCGACUCGCAACUCAAACGAGAGGCGGAGGAAUCAGCGUUCAGGAAAAAGUUUGAAAACUACCUCCACAACGUGGUGUUCGUGCCCAGGCCUGCCCGUCGGCGCAGGGAACUAGGUGCUGCGGCAAACAGCAGCUUCCCUGGGGAUCUAACCACGCCAGCCAUCGUUUCCAACACCUCCAUCGACACCUCCACCACGGACAGCCCCAGCGAGGAGUACGUGAAGCUGUCCGAGAAGGUCUGGUUCAAGGAGUCCCUGGUCAUCUCCAACCUGCGGCAUUUCACUGGCUACCGGAUCGAGAUCCACGCCUGCAACCACAACGCCGAGAACGUGGGCUGCAGCGUGGCUGCGUACGUCAGUGCCAGGACCAUGCCUGAGGACAAGGCUGAUGACAUCGUUGGGCCAGUGACGCACGACGUCUUGGAGAACAACGUCGUGUUUGUCAAGUGGACGGAACCCAAAGACCCGAACGGCCUGAUAAUCCUGUACGAGAUUCAUUACAAGAGGCUUGGAGAGACCGAGGAGCUGCACCAGUGUGUCUCUAGGAAGAGCUAUGCUACUGAUCAGGGGUACAAGCUGCAAGUGCUGCACUCGGGGAACUACUCCAUCCGAAUCAGAGCAACCUCGCUGGCUGGGAACGGCUCGUGGACGGAGCCAGCCUACUUCUACGUUAAAGAUUACAGGGAUAACCAUUCGAACCUGGCGAAGAUCGUCAUUGGGCCGGUAAUCUGCAUCAUUCUGGUUCUCGGAGCGGCAGGGGUCGUCUUCAUGGUGGUGAAGAAGAGGCAAACAGAAGGACCAACAGGACCACUCUAUGCCUCAUCUAACCCAGAGUACCUCAGUGCUAACGAUGUGUACGUGCCAGAUGAGUGGGAGGUUCUCCGUGAAAAGAUUACUAUCCUGCGAGAGCUGGGCCAGGGCUCCUUCGGCAUGGUGUACGAAGGAAUCGCAAAGGACAUCGUGAAAGGAGAGCCGGAAAUGAGGGUCGCUGUGAAGACGGUUAACGAGUCCGCCAGCCUGCGAGAACGCAUUGAAUUCCUCAAUGAGGCUUCGGUCAUGAAAGCAUUCGUCUGUCAUCACGUGGUGCGUCUGCUGGGCGUGGUGUCCAAAGGCCAGCCCACGCUGGUUGUGAUGGAGCUGAUGACCCAUGGUGAUCUGAAGAGUUACCUGCGCUCACUGCGGCCCGAGGCAGAGAAUAACCCGGGCAGCCCUCCUCCUACACUGAAAGAGAUGAUCCAGAUGGCAGCGGAGAUAGCUGAUGGCAUGGCAUACCUCAACGCAAAGAAGUUUGUUCACAGAGACCUGGCAGCGAGAAACUGUAUGGUGGGGGAGGACUUCACUGUUAAAAUAGGAGAUUUUGGAAUGACGAGAGACAUCUACGAAACCGAUUACUACCGGAAAGGAGGGAAAGGGCUGCUGCCAGUGAGAUGGAUGGCUCCAGAGUCCUUGAAAGACGGAGUCUUCACAGCACAUUCAGACUGCUGGUCUUUUGGAGUGGUGCUGUGGGAGAUCAGCACAUUGGCAGAGCAGCCGUAUCAGGGUCUGUCUAAUGAACAGGUAUUGAAAUUCGUCAUGGACGGGGGAUAUCUGGACCGCCCGGACAACUGCGCAGAGAGGCUGCACAACCUGAUGCAGAUGUGCUGGCAGUACAACCCCAAGAUGCGACCCACCUUCCUGGAGAUCAUGGAGAUGAUGAAGGACGACCUCCACCCCAGUUUCCAGGAGCUGUCCUUCUUCUACAGCGAAGAGAACAAACCCCCGGAGAACGAGGAGUUCGACAUGGACUUUGAAAACAUGGAGAACAUUCCUCUGGACCCAGCCUCCUAUUCCCAGAGAGAGAACAGCUUGGGAAGGGACAACGGGCUGAGGGGGAACUAUGAGGAGCAUGUGCCCUACACGCAUAUGAACGGGGGCAAGAAGAACGGGCGGAUCUUAUCAUUACCCAGGUCCAGCCCAUCCUAACAUUUUCUGUUCACUUUGUUUUUUUUAAGGCCCUACAACACAUCUCAGGACUUUUUACUUGGCUGCCACAGUGUGAGACACAGGAUGCAAAGUUUGUAUUCAUAAUAUUUUUUAAUUAUCAUCCUUUUUUUUUUUUUUUUUUUAUUGCCAAGUUUUCCGACUGGUCAGUGGAAUUAACUGUGAGAACCCGUUAUCAAAAGGCUGCUAAAAAAAAAACCCCGAAAAACUCGCGCCAUCCCACCACCGACCUCCUUCUAGUAAAUCCAAUGGUUUUAAGAGGAAGUGACCUUGAUCUCUGUGGCCUGAAAACAACAGCAAUUUAUUAUUUUCCUUAAAACAAACAGUUUCACUGAUUUACACGAGACACCGACAUAGGCAGUAUCUCGUGGAACAAAACUCAUCUACUCAAAAAAGGAAAAAAAGGUAUUUUUUUUUGUUCUGCAGAAUUCCAAACUUCACACAGAUCUCUUUUGAUUGUUUUUAUUUUGUUUACUCACGUUACCGGCUGAAGGAUUAUUAUUAUUAUUAUUAUUAUUAUUAUUAUUAUUAUUAUUAUUAUUAUUAUUAUUAUUAUUAUUGUUUUAAAGUGAUUGGACGGAAAUAAUUCCUCAGAUUGACCAAUAGCUGCUGCUUUGACAUUUAGUGUGUAUACAGUAGAAGAUCAUUAUAUAUAUUGUGGUGUGUUUUUUUUGUACAUAAUUUGAUGUGUUAAUGUUUUUACCACAGAGGCUUUUCUUUUCUUCAAAGCCUGUUUUUAUUUUUUUGUCUGAGUCUUUUUGUUGUUUUGUCCCCCGUCCCGCAACCCAAAAAUCAAAUUCAUUAUUUUUAUAAUGAUCAGACUGCCAAGCAAAGUGUAGUCUAGGCUUCACUGGAGGAGUAUUCUGUUCUCAGACGCUGAGACAUGCCAUUAAUAACCAGAGGUUCAUAUACAGACAUGUAGGAUCUGGUUCAUUCACGACGUUUAAAACAGAGUACAAAAAAAAAAAAGUCUUGUCUGCACGGACCCUAUUCACUAUUACUUAAAGGUUUAUUUAAAUUCUGUUUGAUAUUCAGUAACUGAUCGAGGCUCUCUUUUAAGCAACAGUGUCAAAAAGUGAAUAGAAAGUCUCUUCAAAUGCAGCAGGUUUCACAUCCCUGCUUAGUAAUCAUCCUGGCCUAGCGCAUGUUACUUUAGGAAUGAGCUAACUGGAGCCACGCAUGUUUAGAGCUUCUAAAUAGGACUCUGUUUCAGUAGCAGCAGGCAACUUUACAGAUACAGAACAACAUGGAUAGCAACAAUGCGACCAUGCUUUUACAACAUGGAUAGCAACAAUGCGACCAUGCUUCCCACUGAAACCUUGUCAGGUCUGGUUAGCGUUGUGGUUUGCCUGCGUCCUGUGGGGUAGGGUUUGGGAUUUGGUGAUAGACCUGAAGUUCUGUAGAUCUGGCAGGAAUGGAGCAUGUCAGAUGAAUUUUUUUUUUUUUUUUCCAAGGCGUUUUUUUUCCGUCGCGUUUGCAGUAGGCGUCUGUGUAACGUGAUCUCCGGGUCAGACAAGCUUGUACUUGUAGCGCUUUCUCGAAUAUCUGCGGGUUUCCAGCGGGGUCUCAUUUCUACGUGUGCUUUGCAUCCUUCUUUUUUGUUGUUUUUUUUUUUCUCAGUCUUGUAUGCUCAGCACCAACUCAAAUUACUGUGUCACAGUUCUGAAGUGACAGGGUCAGAGGGAUACAGACACAGGACCUGAGGGGAAUUGAAUGUACUUUUUUUGUUUUUGUUUUAUAUAUGUAUUUGAGCCGCUAUCAGAAACCAUCAUUGUGCAGCAGAUCUAAUUCAGUACAGCACCACAAAAUGUAAUUGGUUUUGUGUUUUAAAAUCAGUCCCCUCCCUCCAGCCCCCUUCGGGGUUGCGUUGUGUAGCUUGUUUGUUUAUUUUUCAUUAUCUCGGGAAUUGUGUAAAUAUAUUAGCCGUCUCAAAGUCGUGCCUUUUCAUUAAGAGGCCUAUACUUAAAACAGUUGAGGGAUGUACCUGCUAAAAGCUUUUUUUUCUGUGAAAAGAUAUAUCUUUGUAAGCUUCAAAUCUCUCUUUUUUUAGUUUUUUCUUUGAGUGGGUUUUAUUUUUAAAUGGAGCAUUUAGCAAUGAAAGUUUCUUAUGAACCUAAGCUUAUAAAGGUGCAGUAUACUCCAAUGUGUUCGAUUCACAAAACAUAAUUGGUAAACGCUUACCAGCAAUACUCCAGGUAUCUUUUAAGAUGGAUGCUAGCACACUGUAAUUUGUCUCCAGUGUGUGGACACAUCUGCAAAGCAGCUUAGUUGAGACAGUCCGCAGUGUGACUUCUUCUGAAGUGUAUGGAACAACCUUGCAAACUCUUAGGAUAUGAAAAUCAAUGAAGUAAAACCAAUUCUUUCAAAUACAACAGCAACAAAAAACGACAGUGUAAAGGUUUGACUCGUUGUGUGUAUCUCCAAGGGUUAAACCAGCAUGGGGAUACUGCUUGCUUAUCAGUGAGGUUUAACGUUUGGGGUGUUUCCACAGUAAUGUUGAAUAUCGUAAGCAUUAAGUUCAGUGAUUUCAAAUUUUAUUUUUUUUAUAACAAACAAAUCUCGUCUACUGCACUUAGUGGUCACAGCAGAGUAAGUUUGAGGUCACAUUUACAGAAUUGCUACAUUUAUAUAUAGAUAUCUUUUUUUCUUGCUUUGUAAAUACUGUGUAAUGUUAAUUUUAACUUGUAUGGUGCCUAGUUUUAGUUGAAAGAAAGAAAAAAAAAAAACUAUGGAGUCUAAUAAAUAUGUCAGCAGCUCUAACACUACAUUAGCUGAAUAAUAAUUCUCACAGUUUUGUAAUUCAGAAGAUUCUUAUAUUUGGAAAAUACAGAAAUUAAUAUUUUAUUUAUUUUAAUAUGAUAGAAAUCACUGUACAACCCCGAUUUGCAUUUUAUUAAAGACAUAAAAAAAGUAAGAUACAGAGCAUGUACAUUUGUUUAUAUAUAUAUAUAUAUAUAUAUAUAUAUAUAUAUAUAUAUAUAUAUAUAUAUAAAAAAGUAAGGAGUUGAAACAGUGGUGCGAAAAUUUUUAUUUUCUGUUCUGGCACAGUCUACCUCAGUGUAUUGUUAGGAUAGUCGUAGUACAGUUAACACAGAACAUCUCCUGGCAUGCCACAGUAUUCUGAUCAAGACCCACUGUAAUUAAUGACAGAUCCAGCAGCAUCCAGAGUGGCGGGUACACCGAGAAAUACUUGGCAGGCACCUGGAACUAAUUUAUUUACAGAACAUGCAUUUACAUUGAUGGCCGGUUAGUACAUAAACUAAAAUAAUGACGUUAUUAAAGAGAAGGGCAAUAGAUGUCCAGCAGAUUACAGCAGUGCUUUGUAUCGUCAUGCAUGCGUUGUCCUUUUUUCCCAAAUGUCUCUUGUUACCAGCAAUGGCAGCAAUUUGUAUUCCAGCGUCUCAGUUUCAGUAUGAUUAAUCUGUAAAAGAAAAUGCCAAAGGUUGUUUUUUAUUUUUUCAGUCUUGUACUGUAAUCUGAAAAUAUGAACUGUUAUUUUGGCAUGCAGUACACAAGACCAUUUUGCAGAGUUGAGUCUUUCCUUGUUCAGUCGUUUCUAGUGAGUCAGGAUUCCUAGACCUCUAAAGAAGGCGUUGAAAAGGUUAAAAAGUAUAUAUCUUACCUCAUCUUUACCAUUGGACUAUUUGAUAACAAGGUCUUGCCUUAGAUUUUGAAAACAAUGCAUGCUAUAUUUCUGUAUGCACAUGCAGUACCUUUUUUUAUUCAGAAUGACCACACUUGUAUUGUCAAAGCAAAUCUAAAUGAAUCCUUAAAACAGGAUUUUCAAUAUGUGCAGCACAGAGGAUUGGUGUCAAACUCGUAUUGAGUUUGUAACUUGAUAUCCCUGGAUCCCUCUAGUGUAUUUUAUUUUAUUUUUUUAUAACAAAACACACACGCACUCAGUAUCACAAUGUCACAGACACUGGUACCUCAGUGUGUCACGCAGUCCAGUAACAUUGUGAAAAAAGGGGCUUCUGCAUUCAGCAUGUGGGUCAGGCAGUCCAUUCGCAGACACACACACAUCUAUAUAUACAUGCAGGAUGUGCUCGCUCUUAACGCUGGGUUCUAUAGAGUGUGUUUACAGCAGGUUUGCUCCGCAGGUGCCUCUCUGACUCUGGUAGUGAACGGGACUCUUGCACGGAAUACCAAGCCAUGAUCCUGCUCUGUCCUUCCACAGGCCAGUGCCGCAGGACUGCCGGGGGUUGUGUUAGUAGGCAAAAGAAAACUAUUAAAACUCUAAAUUCUGCAACAGUUAUGUUCUAAGCCAGGUCUUUGUUCCAAUCUAGUCCUAAAUUAAUAAACAAACCCUUGCCUGUUAAAUAAACUAAUAAAUAUCAGGGCCAUUUGGAAAACGAACCAACAGUUGAAGGCCAAACUUUCACACUGUCUAUUUUCACCUUCAGAAGCAGUCGCAGACGACCCAUAAAGCAGUCCAGUGACUGCUGUGGAUUCAAUGAUUUGUCUUGCUAGUACUGUAAUUGUUCCUUACAGAAUCACAGAACCCAUGUUGGAGGUGAGCGUUGUUAUUAUAAUAUUUGAUAAUAUUUGUUUAUUUAGCAGACGCCUUUAUCCAAGGCGACUUACAGAGACUAGGGUGUGUGAACGAUGCAUCAGCUGCAGAGUCACUUACAAUUACGUCUCACCUGAAAGACGGAGCACAAGGAGGUUAAGUGACUUGCUCAGGGUCACACAAUGAGUCAGUGGCUGAGGUGGGAUUUGAACCAGGGACCUCCUGGUUAUCAGCCCUUUUCCUGCAAGCAAAUAGCUGAAAACCAAAACUGCAGGAGCAGUCCUGCCCCUUUGAGUUUCACAAUUUUAAGAGAGAAAUGAAAUCCCGGACAAGCUAUUUCACUUCUGGGCACCAUCAGUUGCAGGUCCCUUGUAAUUGCAAACCCAGCUAACAUCCAAGCUGAACCGACAGAUUUUCACUGGUCAGCGACAUUCGAAAAGAUCGGCUUACCCUUCAAACCAAGCGUGACGUGGCAAUGUUUCGGUUCCCUGCUUGUCAGUUUGUUUUUUUUAUUAAAUAAUAAGUGUCUUGUGAAAAGAUAGCUUUUUGUCGCUGGAAGGGCAGUGUAAAGAUGUUGUAAUAUUAGACAAGCCUAUUGUUUUCCAUGGUAAGAGAUGCAUUUGAGAAAUUACAGGGGGAAAAAAUCCCCAGUCCUGAUUCUCAGUGCAGACGGUUGCUGUGAGCUGUGUUGUAAAUAAGGGUGGUGGAAGCUUCAAGAGAAAAUAUUCAAGUGUUAAAUCGAAGCUUUUUUACCUUCUGAAAAAUAUCAGGCUCAAAAGUGGCACAACGCCUUUUUGCAUGGAGUAUUGUGUGACUAAAAGUCCUCAGCUUUAUGCAAAAUCUUAAGGAAGCCCUCUGACAUGUGGUCCAAAAAAAGCAGGCCUUGGUGGUUUGUUUUUUUUAAUUGUAUAUUUUACUGUGAAUAUACCAAGAGACCGUGGAUACUAAGCAGAUUCGCCAGGAUUUUGCAGCAGAUUUUUUCGACAUCAGAAACUGCACGCCUCCCUAACGUGGAACUAAAGACUGGAACUAAAGUAUUUAAAAAAAAUAAAUAUAAAAAAGAAUAAGACAUUUAUAGUACCAGGACAAUCUUGUGUGCCAUAACAAUACAAACGUUAGCGAGGCAUGCACAAAGGACUGAGCUAAAUCCUUGCCUGCUCUCCAAGUCCUAGCCACCCACACAGUUUUAUUGCAAUCUUCUGCUGGAUCCAAAUAAUAUACAACACAACAAAACCUGUCUGCUUCCUCAGACAUCGCCCCACAUGGUUGUUCUGCACAUUUACCCAGCGCGAAAGGGUCUUGGAUCAGAAUAAAGAAACUGGCUCUACAGGAGUAUUGAAAGUUUUUAAGAUAUUGUGAUUGUAUUAUUAUUUUUUAAGAUUCUAUGUGCUUACACAUCAAAGGCCAAUGUGAGGCUGUUUAGAUACUCUUCUGCUUGGCUCAGUGUUACUGUAUUUGGAUAUGUGAAUUAUUUUUCAAGGAGGAAAAAAAUAACAAAACAACAAACUUGUUUCUACUUGGCUAAACCUGGCUUGCUUUGUUUAAAAAUAACAAUUUGAAUAACCGUACGCCAUGCAAAAAUUAAGUAAAUAAUGACACGGCGCGAGUCUUAUUUUUACAUGUUUAUUAAGAAAAGAUCAUGAAUGCAUGAAUUCUCCUCAAAACUUGUGCAGUUCCCAUAAUGUAAAUAUUUUCUAUAUGUGUCCCGUAACUGAUUUGAGACGCUUCAAAAGGGUGUGAAAAUAAGCACUUGUAUAAUAUUCAGGUCUGUUAUUUUAGCCACAAUAAGCUCAACAGCAAAGCAAGCUGGACGCUAUAGCAUGGUUUGAGGCAAGGCAUUUAUGUAUUGUAUUGUUAAAAAAAAAAAAAAAAAAUAUUACUUCUACAUAUGUUAAUUUUCAACUUUUUUUUUUUUUUGGUUGCCAAAAAAAAAAUAAAAAGAGUAAGCAAGUUUCUACCUGUAAACUUUUACUUCUCUUGUAACAUAACGAUGUAUAUAACUUUUACUAAAUAAAACAAAAGUGAGAUGUCCUUUGCUCAUGCCACCACCCCCUCCAGUCUGGGAAUUGUGACAAAUAUAUAAUAGGGUUUUAAACAGAGCAGAGCAGCAAACAUCUUUAAAAACGGUGUCACCUGCCUGGAAAUCUAGUGGUAUCCCAUGAUUCCUGUCCUUUUAAAAUCUUCAGAGAUUCUUGUCAAGUACCUGACUAUUUAUUUAGCACUUAUCAGAAGUGAUCGAGCCCGUUGUCUGGGUUUUACCUGCGGGUAUCUUCAAUAUAUGCCCUUGCAAUGUCGUUUCUUUUCCUGUCGCUUUAUGCCAGAUAGGAAGUGUUCUGUGUUUUUAUUUUGUUACCAGACGCUUCUUUUUCAGGAACGUGCUUCGUGGGGAGAAGAGGAAUCCCGUUUGCUUCGAAAUGUGUAAACUGGAAAUGAGCUCUUUUCAGACUGAUAACAUUAAAAAAAAAGCUGCUUCAACUCCACAAUGUAAUAUCUGUCUGUGUGGGAUUACCGACUUACGAUAUGGUAUUCCUGUCUGCAAGGCUGUAAUCGCAUAGCCAUUAACACUAGGUCUAACACAUGAUGAGCCAGAUUCACAGUGCUGCAGUGCAUAUUUAUAGAGCAGAAGAGGUGGCUCGUUUACGCACACAGUCAAGCUUGGACUGAAUCCAGAUCCUCUGCAGUGAAUCUGACUAAAUAGACCACCCCCAUUAAGUUAAAACACUGCUCCCUUCCAGUUUACACAUAAUAAAAAGGUGCCCCCCCUUCCCCCCGCCCCUUUUAAGUGUUCUGUAUUGCUGUUGGUUAAGUCUUUGCCAUAGUUUUAUUUUCUGUUUUAUAAUGCUGCUCUUUUUUUUCUUUGUGCACAUAGACAGCCUCAGAAUGCUUGAGUAGCCUCGCAGGAUACCUCUCGUUUUUAAUUUUUAAGAUAUAUUUAAGAAAAAAAAAAAAAAAAAAAAAAAAAGGAUCAAAAUGUGCCAUGAUUAAAAUAACGCUUGACGAUUUAUUUUUUCAAUGUUUUCAAGUAGAGCCAAGCAGAGACAUGUACAGAAAAUAUGUUGGAAUGAUGAGAAAAAAAAAAUAAAAAUCUUGCUGUGUGUAAAUUAUUCAAUGAUUAACUGUUUAUAUUAAAAUUAUGAAUAAAAUGAUCGGAGAGUG